AUGUCGCAGAUUCAGGAGCAGCUCGAAGGCAUACCCGGCUAUGAUAUUUUCAUGGACAAGUACAACGAAUAUGCCGAAGAACAUUUCAAUAUGAAGAAUCCGUUUGAAGAUGAAGAUGGUAAUCGGCUACGGCUCCCGAAAGACUUUUGUACGAAGAAAGAGCACCAGUUAUGGAGAAGAGUUCAGAAAGCAGCAUGGCAGCAUGAUAAGUGCUUUUUGGGGCUGUGUGGAGUCGGCAUGGACUGUGGGUUAGGGCUUGUACCGUUAGUGGUUUUCUUGAUCCCUGGUUUGGGACCGUUGAUUAUGUAUGGAAUUCAUGCUCGACUCAUCCAUAUCGUUACCAACGAAAUGCCGGUGCCAAAUAAACUUGUUGCCAAGCUUGAAUCGCAAAUAUUAUUCGAUUUGUUGAUCUCACUUCCACCUUUAAUAGGAGGAUUUUUAUCGUGGCUCAACGGAUGUUCCACCCGAAAUGCCUCCUUGUACUAUAACUUUUUUACGCAAUUGGCGAAAGAAAGAAAAGAAAACAAAACUGCCAUGUAUAUUGGAACUACCAAUAACCCACGAGAGCCUGAUAUACAGAGCCCUGCCAUCGAUUACACUUACGUCAAUCCCCAGCCACAAAAAAAGAAACUAGGCCGCCAGAAGCAACAACAGGACAUAGUCAUAGGCCAGCAGCAGUCUGGUUGGGUUUAG